CUGUUAACACGUUUUUUUUCAGGUUACUGGCUGGAGGGUGGGCUUUAGAUAACUUCAGCCAGUUCACCAUUUGUGUUUCCUUUGAUCUGCCCACUCAAAUGCAGUGCAAAUGACUAUUUUUGGCACACACUAGCUCGAGACCAGGCCGAGUUUUCGCUUUUAUAACGGUAGGGGUUUUCCAACUGCUGAAUCAGCGUUUCUUGCUUUACCCCUCCCCCCUCUAGCUCUCUACACUAUUGUAUACAAGCCAAGAGACUCUCUUAGCGCUGUGUAUAGUAAAAUCAUGGGCAGUAUUGAAUCAGUUGCAGCUGCCCCCCCUGCCUGCAGUUCAGUCUCCUUCACACUAAACGGUUUCCCAGUGAGUGUAGCAGAUGCAAGUCCUGGAGUCAGCUUGAACCAAUGGUUGAGGUCUCAGCCUGGACUAACUGGAGCCAAGAGGAUGUGUGGGGAAGGAGGCUGUGGGGCCUGUGUGGUGGCCGCAAGUGUACCGCACCAUGGUGAUGGGGAGACGAGUGUCGCAAUCAACUCAUGCCUGUGUCCCAUCUACUCCAUUGAAGGGUGGUCCAUAACCACUGUGGAGGGUAUUGGGAGUUCCAAGGUUGGUUUCCACCCAAUCCAGACAGCCAUUGCUGAGUACAAUGGCAGUCAAUGUGGCUACUGCACUCCAGGCUUUGUCAUGACCAUGUACAGCUUGCUUCAGAGGAACCCCCAACCUACUGAGAGAGAAGUGGAAGACGUGUUCGACGGGAAUAUUUGCAGGUGUACUGGGUAUCGUCCGAUCCUGGAUGCUAUGAAGAGCUUUGCCAUUGACCACACCCCCACCACCACCGCCACUCACCAUAUUGCUGAUAUUGAGGACCUUUCUCCCCGAGUGUGCUCUGAUGUUGGUGACUUGUGCUUGGAUCUAGGCCGAGGAUUGAGGAGGACAAUCUUUGACCCUCAGUGGUACCGUCCCUCCUCUUUGUCAGAGCUAGUGGCGGUUGUCAGGGGUAAUGAGGGGAAAAGAAUUGGGCUGGUAGCCGGAGACACUGGAAGAGGGGUAUUUAAACACUCACCACGAGAUGAGGUGCUUAUUGAUUUAAAGGCUAUUCAUGAGUUUAGCGAAAUAAAGGUAACCCCCAGUGUCCUUAUAGUGGGUGCCUGUGUGAGCAUCUCUCGAUUGGUGGAAGUACUCCUUAACAACCCCACCCCCUCGUUUAAAGUCCUGAGUCAGCACCUGCUCAUGGUGGGCAAUGUCCCCGUGAGGAACGUGGGUACAUGGGCGGGUAACCUCAUGUUGGUCCAUAAGCAUAGGGACUUUCCCUCCGAUGUCUUCAUCACACUGGCCGGACUUGGAACUACAAUCACUAUCGGUCGCUUGUCAGAUCUAUCCACUGUUGACAUGACACUGUGGAAGUUUCUGGAGACAGACAUAAAAGACAGUAUUAUUCUCUCUGCGUCCAUCCCUGUCCUUCCUGAGAGUGUAGUCUACCAGAGCUUCAAGAUUAUGCCCAGAGCUGUGAACUCUCAUGCUUACGUCAACGCCUCCUUCUGUGCCAAGGUGGGGGAGGGCUCAGUGAUAAAGGCCACGCCCACCAUCAUCUACAGCGGACUCACCAACAAACCAGUUUUAAUGACGGCUCUCUGUGAUUACUUGGUGGAUAAAGAUUUCUCUGAUCCGGCCACCCUUAAAGAUGCUGUGGACAUCCUGAGCAGUUUAGUCUUGCAGGACACACCUCUUUCUGCCUCGUCUGAGUACAGAAUGAGCCUGGCAACAACACUGUUCUACAAGUUCAUCGUUUGUAUCCUCCCGAAGCCGCUCCCCCCUUCCCUCCAGUCAGUGGUUGUCCCACCCACCAGAGCUGUGUCAAGAGGCAAACAGCUGUUUUCUAGUAUACCCUCCGAAUAUCCGAUAACACAACCGCUGACAAAACUGACCGCUAAGUUACAGGCGUCAGGUGAGGCCCAGUAUAUCAGUGACUGUCCUGUCCUACCCAAAGAACUAGCCGCUGCUUUCGUCCUAACCACUAUGGGCAAUGCUGAGAUAAUAUCAAUUGACUGCUCCACUGCUAAGAAACUGCCUGGCUUUGUCAAGAUGCUCACAUCAAAAGAUAUUCCCGGUGAUAACAACUUCAUGUCUGAUCGAGAUGCUGAGAUCCCUGAAGAAGUGUUUGCGGAGAAAAUAUCGCAAUAUGCUGGUCAACCUGUUGCUCUGGUACUUGCUGACACACAGGAGCAUGCUGAUAGGAUUGCUUGUGCUGUGGAGGUCACUCACAAGACUCUGGGGCCACCCAUACUCACUCUGGAGGAAGCCAUUCAGAGACAGUCUUUCUUCUCCAGUCCUCGCAGAACCGAGCGGAAAGUGGGAGACACUGAAGCUGCCAUGUCUGGUGCUGAUCACGUGAUCACGGGCAAAGUGGAACUCGGCUCUCAAUACCAUUACCACAUGGAGACACACACAGCCGUCGUUAUUCCGGAUGAGGGUGGGUUUAAAGUCCAAUCUGCCACUCAAUGGGUCGACAGAGUACAAGCCGCUGUUGCUAUGGUGAUGAACAUCCCAGCAAGCUCUGUAGAUGUAUCAGUGAAGAGGAUAGGAGGUGCUUACGGUGCCAAGACCACCCGUCCCAAUCUGGUAGCUGCAGCUUGUGCACUCGGUGCUUCAGUUACUGGGAGGCCAGUGCGUAUGUACAUGGAUCUUGAGACGAACAUGAAGGCCAUCGGGAAGAGAUUCCCGUACAUGGUUAGGUACAAACUAGGCAGCACUAAAGAAGGAGUCAUCACGGCUAUAGAUGUUGAGAUAUUUGCUGACUGCGGUGUUGCCCCUAAUGAGAAUGCUAUAUCUGUAGUGAGAGACUUCAUUGACAAUGCGUACUACGUUCCCAAUUGGAAGAUUGCUACACAGCCAUGCAAAACAAACACACCCGCCAACGUCUUCUGCAGGUCACCAGGUACUCUACCGAGUAUCUUUAUGAUGGAGACCAUGAUAGACCACCUCGCCACCUCAUUGGGCAUGGACGUCGAGGUUGUCAAGGUAGCCAAUCUAUACAAGAAUGGUCACAUGACUCUUGUCGGGAAGGAGCUGACUAACUGUAACAUGUCGAGAAUCUGGGAACAGCUGUACCAAUCUGCUGAAGUUGACAGAAGAAAGAAAGAGAUUUCUGAAUACAACAAGACGAGUCGGUGGUACAAGCGUGGACUGAACAUGAUGCCACUGAAGUACACUAUCAACUGGGCGGAGGCCACACCCUAUUACGUGACAGUCAACAUUUACGCUGAGGAUGGCACAGUGGCCAUAGCUCACGGUGGUGUGGAGAUGGGCCAGGGGAUAAACACCAAGGUAGCCCAGGUGGCAUCAAAGGUGUUGGGUGUUCCCUUGGAGAAGAUACGCAUCAAGCCUACGGACUCCAUGCUCAAUCCCAAUGGCAUAUGGAGUGGAGCCAGCACCACCAGUGAACUGAACUGUCUGGGGACCAUAAAUGCUUGCAAAGAGCUGAAUAGUCGCAUUGACAGUAUCAGAGAGCAGAUUCCCGGACUGGAAUGGGAGGACCUUAUACAGAUGGCCAGCAGUGCUGGGGUCAACCUAUCAGCAAGGGCAUUUGUGUCUGAAUCUUGUGACGGCAAGUUCAAUUACGUUUGCUGGGGUAGUACAGUAACGGAGGUGGGCGUGGACGUGCUGACGGGGGAGACGAGGGUGGAGAGGGUGGACAUCCUCUAUGACUGUGGGGACAGCCUGAACCCAGAGAUAGACAUUGGUCAAGUGGAGGGUGCGUUUGUGAUGGGUCUGGGCUACUGGCUCUCUGAGAAGAUUGUCUACAAUAAGGAGACAGGACAACUGCUAACUCACAACACUUGGGAGUACAAGCCCCCCUCUCACAAAGACAUCCCCAUUGAUUUUAGAGUUGAACUGCUCAAGGAUGCAACUAAUCCAUUCGGAGUGCUCGGAUCCAAAGCUGCUGGCGAGCCUCCUCAGUGUAUGAGCUGCUCCGCACUGUUUGCAGUCAAGAGAGCUAUUGAGAGUGCUCGAGCAGACGCUGGAAUCAGCACACAUUUCACACUAGAUGGACCUGCCACAGUGGAGAAUAUUCAACAAGCUUGUUUAACAUCAACAGAACAGUUGAGUAUAAUAAACUGACUGAUAUAGAGAAUGGUAUAUGCUAUAAUUAUAUUGCAGUUAAUGUAGCCUAAAUUUUAUAUAAUUAUUUUGUAAUUAAUGGUUGACUUGAAAUGUGUAUAAUAAUUAUUUAUAGC